GGCGGGAUUUUUGGGACUAACGGAAAAGGAGGAGUGGGAAAAGGCGGGGUUUGGGAAAAAAGGCGGAUUUGGGAAAAAAAAAGGCGGAUUUGGGAAAAAAAGGAGGGAGAUCCCAAAUCCCGUUGGAUCUGAGAUUCCGCCGGGAGACAAACAAAAUUAAUAAAAUUAAAAGAACUUCGAGUAAUUAAAACCUGAAAUAAUUCAAAGGAGAUUAAUCAGAAAUAAACCAAAGAAAUUAAAAAUGGCGCCGGCGCCCCGCCGCCAUCUUGAGGCGCGGCGGUGCCGUAACACAAGAUGGCGUCACCCACCGAUACACUCCCCCUGUUGUUUCUCGCCGCGUUUCAAAGCGAGCCGGGACCAAACCAAAUGUGGCGGUUUCGCCAGCACCGAUUUCACUCCCGGGAUCGAUUUGAGCUCCCGGAAACCGGGCGGGAGGCAGCGAAACGGAGGGCAGAAGGAGCCGCCAUGUUGUACGGCAGGAGGAAGAUGGCGGCUUUUCCUGUUCCGGUGUGGGUGUGGCGCGGGAACUGAGGGCGAACCCAAAUUUGAAAUGAGCAGGGGAGAUUUGGCGAUGCCUGGGGGGGGUUCAGUGAGGUCUGGGGGGGCUCGAGGGUCCUUCUCCCCCUCCAGUUUUGAGUGGUUCCGCCCAACUUUUCCUUGGCUUCACCGCCAUCUUGAGGCGCGACGUAGGCGUUCAACAAGAUGGCGGCACCCUGCCACCACCCUCGGUGCUACUUUGAAGGAAUUUUUACCGCAAAUCGCGGCCAAGCAGGGCGAGACGGAUCCGCCACCACCGUUCAACCCUCGACACCGAUUUAAACCCAACGGGAAGCGGGAGAACGGCGAGAUGCCGGGUUUUAAUACGCAGGUUGGGCGCCGCCAUGUUGUACGGCAGGAGGAGGCUGAGGAGAACUUCCGGUUCCGGUGGGGGAGCGGCCCCUCAGCGGUGGCGGAGCGGGGGGUCCCCCACCACAAACUCCCAAAAUUCCUUAAAAAUUCCCCAAAAAAUGGAUUGAAGCCACUCCCCACCCUUGGAUGGCCCCCUGGAAUUUUGGGGGGUCCCAAAAUGGGGGAUUCGGAAAAUCCCGGGAAUCCCCCCAAGGAGGAGGAGGAGGAGGAGGAGGAGGAGGAAGAGGAGGAAGAGCUGGACCCCCGGAUCCAGGAGGAGCUGGAGCACCUGAACGAGGCCAACGCUGAGAUCAACCGGGGGGAGCUGGAGCUGGAUGCCGCCCGGUGCCGCUAUCGCCGCAUCCUCUCGGAUUCCGCCCGGAAGUUGAACUCCCAGGGCUCCCAGCUGGGCACCUGCAUCGACAGAGCCCGGCCCUACUACGAGGCCCGCAGGAGAGCCAAGGAGGCGCAGCAGGAGACGCAGCGGGCGGCGCUGCGCUACGAGCGGGCGGUGGGGAUGCACAACGCGGCGCGGGAAAUGGUCUUCGUGGCCGAGCAGGGAAUGGGCACCGGCAAGAACCGCCUGGACCCCACCUGGCAGGAGAUGCUCAACCACGCCACCAGGAAGGUGAACGAGGCGGAGCAGGAGCGGCUCUGCAGCGAGCGGGAGCACCAGCGCGUGACGCGGCUCUGCCAGGCGGCCGAGGCCGAGGUGCAGCGGCUGCAGAAAUCCCUGCGGCGCGACAUCGCCCGCAGCCGGCCCUACUUCGAGCUCAAGGCCCAGUUCAACCAGCGGCUCGAGGAGCACAAAUCCCGGGUGAAUUCCCUGGAAUCCGCCGUCUCCCAGGCCAAGCUCCGCUACUCCGUGGCCCUGCGGAACCUGGAGCAGAUCAGCGAGGAGAUCCACGCCCGGAGAUUCCAGAGGAUCCUCCGGAAAAAAAAACACCGGGAAAACCCCCUGGGAGCCGAGGGCGGCCCCCAGAACACCGAAAUCCACGGAAUUCCCGGAGAAAUCCCUGGAAUUCCCAGCGAAAACCCCAAAAUUCCCGAAGAAAUCCACGGAAUUCCUGGAGAAAUCCCGGCUGGAAUGGGCAGAAUUCCUGGCCAAAAUCUUGGAAUUCCCGGUGAAAAUCCCAAAAUUCUCAGUGAAAAUCUUGGAAUUCCCAGGGAAAUCUCGGCUGGAAUGGGAAGAAUUCCUGGAAUUCCGAGUGAAAAUCUCAGAAUUCCGACGGGAAUUCCUGGUGAAAGUCCCGGAAAUUCCAUCGAAAUCCCAGCCAGAAUGAGCAGAAUUCCUGGAAUUCUGAGUGAAAAUCUCAGAAUUCCGAGUGAAAUUCCUGGAAUUCCCGAUGAAAUCCCAGCUGGAACGUGUGGAAUUUCCGGAAUUCCGGCAGAAAUCCCUGGAAUUCCGCAGGAAAUUCCCGGAAUUCCGCAGGAAAUGUCGACGUCCGGGGAUUCGCUGUCGCUGCUGAGCCUCCAGACCAUCGCCUCAGACCUGCAGAAAUUCGACUCCGUGGAACAUUUGGCGGGAAUUCCCGGAAUUUCGGGAAUUCCGGACGCGCUGAGCCUGCACAGCGAGGAGCUGGGGGAGGGCCGGGAGAGGCGGCGGAAUUUCCGGCACCACCGGAGCGUCAGCCUCUGAGUUUGGGGGGAAAUCCGGGAAUUCCGAGGGGAAAGGCCAGGAAAUACAGAGAAAUCCAAUGUAAUUCUAAAAAAUCCCAAUGAAAUUCCACAAAAAUCCCAGGAAAUCCCACAAAAUAAAAAAAAACCCUGAGAAAUCCCCAAAAAUUCCAAUGAAAUCCCACAAAAUUCCAAGGAAAUUCCAAAAAAUCCCAUGGAAAUCCCACAAAAUCCCAGAAAAACCCAAAACAUUUCAAGGAAAUCCUGGAAAAUUCCAGGAAAUCCCAAAAAUUCCCAAAAAAUCCUCAGGAAAUCCUGAAAAAUUCCCCCAAAAAAGCCCCAAAACCCUGGAAAAUCUCCCAAAACUCCAAGGAAAUCCCAAAAAAUCCUGAAAAAUUCUAGGAAAUAAAAAAAAAAAAAAAUUCUGGAUUCCCAAAAAAUUCCCAAAAAAUUCCAAUGGAAUUACUGGAGGGCAUUUUGGUGAUAAAUCCUGGAAAUUUUUUUGGGAACAAAUCCCUGGAAUUUAAGGGAUAAAUCAUUGGCAUUUUUGGGAUUUGGAGUUAAGUCCUUGAAAUUUGAGAUUUUUUUUGGGAAUAAAUCCCCAAAAUUUAGGAAUAUUUGGAAAAAAAAUCUCUGGACUUUAAAUUUUUUAAAUUUCAAUUAUUUUAAAUCCCUGGAAUUUGAGAUUUUUUUGGGAAUCCCUGGAAUUUGGGAUUUUUUGGGAAUAAAUCCCUGGAAUUUGGGGAUUUUGGGAAUCCCACCCAGAAUUCCCAAAUUUUUUUGGGGAGAAUUCCCCUUUUCCCACCCCAAAACCACGACAGGAACCCAAUUGCACUAAAGGGGGGGGUCGGGAAUUUUUGGGAAUUCUGGAAUUUUUUGGGAGGGGCUGUGAUGAGAACCCCCCAGUUUGAGGCAGCCCCGGGAAUUUCCACGGAUUUCACAUCCCAAAAAUCCUCCCCCAACCCCGCUGGAAUUACAGGAAAUUUCAGGAAUUUGGGAAUUUUGGGGGGGAAAACAUCCCGGAAAAUUGUUGUAUCAAUAAAAUUCCUUCUUGUUGUAA